AUGUACUGGCGAUCUUUUUCUCUCGCGGCGUUACUCCCCGCUUUGGCGACUGUCAGAGCCCAAAGCUCGGGCCCAACGGUCGACCUCGACUAUGCGACCUACCAAGGAGCGACAAACAGCAGCACGAACAUCAGCUCGUUCCUCGGAAUUUCAUACGCUGCGCCUCCGACUGGUGAUCUGAGGUUCCAGGCACCGCAAGCGCCUGCCGUCGUCAGCGGCGUGCAGCAAGCAACAGCGCAGCCCAACGAGUGUUAUCAGGCUCCGACGGGGAACGCGAGCACGAGCGCGUUCCCGUACGGGUACGCCGACUCGAGUGCGGUUGGCGCGUCGAUGAGGAGGCGGGACGUGGUCCAGUCUGAAGACUGUCUGUAUCUCAACGUCUACACGCCGGCGGACCUGAGCUCGUUCACGAGCGCAAGUCUGCCUGUGCUGGUGUGGAUCCACGGAGGCGGUUACAUAGCCGGCGGCGCAUCGUCGUUCGAUGGCGCGGACAUCGUUCAAGAGUCCGCGAACGGGCUGGUCGUCGUUAUCAUUCAGUACCGGCUUGGUGUGUUCGGGUUCUUGUCGGGCAACGAGGUUGUCAGUGGUGGAGGGGCGCUCAAUGCCGGGUUACUUGAUCAGACCUAUGCUUUGCAGUGGGUACAGAGCCAAAUCAGCAAGUUUGGUGGUGAUCCUUCGCAGGUGACUAUUUGGGGAGAGUCGGCAGGUGCAGGCUCUGUGCUACAGCAUAUCAUCGCAAAUGGUGGAAACACGCAGCCCCCGCUGUUCCAUGCGGCAAUGACAAGUUCGACAUUCUUGCCGUCGCAGUACGCGUACAACGAUACUGUUCCUGAGGCUCUCUUUGCCUUUUUCGCUAAUGGGACUGGAUGUUCUACAUCUUCAACCCCGCUCGCGUGCAUCCGCAAUGCACCUGUGGAUACCCUCGAGAGCCUCAACAACCAAGCUAACGUGAAUGGAUUCUACGGCACAUUUGUGACGGUGCCUGUCAUCGACUAUAAGUUGAUCGUCGAGCGCCCAAUCGUGACGCUGCAGCGUGGUAGCGUGAACGGGGACGUUCUCCUAGCGAUAACCAACUCGCACGAGGGAAACGUCUUUGUCAACUACGCUGAGACGCUCAACACUACGGCUUAUGUCGAGAAUCUCUUCCCGCUGCUGCCAGAGUCUGGCGUGCAGCAGGUCGUGAGCGCGUAUGCGAACUACACGGUCGGGCCCGGCGGCGGUGCUGAUGUUGGAGAUGUCCUUGGCCAGGCUAUUGGAAUUAUGGGCGAAUCCAUCUUCUACUGUCCAUCGUACUAUCUUCUCGCCGCGUUCUCAAAAUCCAACAAGAGCGCAUGGAAGGGCACGUUUGCCAUUCCGGAUGGGUUCCAUGGAUCCGAUAUUCCGUAUUACUUCGUGAACCAAGGUCCGGCGGUUGACAAUGCGACGUUCAUCGCGUCGUUCUCUGGGGCGUUCACCGGAGUCGCGCUCGCGGGGACGCCGGAUGAUCACCCCACGGACGCGUCAAUUACGCCUGAGUGGUCUACGUGGUCUACGGGUGAGAUGGAGGUUGUGUUCAAUACGACGGAGACGGGCGACGCGAAUGUUUAUGCGUCGACUACGGAUGCUGUUUAUCCGGGUAUCGUUGAGCGGUGCAAUGUCUGGCAAGGUCUGGGGCAGUAUACGGGACAGCAGACACAACGAUGGAUUCACAACUCACAACCUGUUCGAGCACAAAAACAACUCCUUCCUCAGCCCAUUCCUGUUCGUAUCAGACAGCCUACACCUCAUAACGACGUCGUGGUACCAAAGCCUGAGCGCAAGCCCACGCGACAUGUCAAACGCAACCAACUCGGCGUGCAAAUGCUCUCGCGUGAACUGCACGCCCAGAUCUUCCCGCACAAGCCCUUCUCCGCCCCCUCUCCCGCCUUCGUGCGCAUCGCCGAGGAGCACCUCCAGAUGCACGGCCUCGACCCGGACCAGGGCUCCGUCCUCCCCGACACCGGAUUCCAGCUCCCGCCGCUCCAGGGUACAUCCAUCGACGAGCACUUCUUCGCUAUCGGCGCGCGCGCCGCUCAGCCGUGGAUGGACAUGGCGCACGACCUCGCGCGCGCUGAGCUUGCGCCGCGCCCCGCGCCGGAGCAGUGGGCGGUUCAGGCUGGGUGGACGCGGUAUACGCGCAGGGGCGACGGGGAGGAGGGGUUCGAGGCGGAGCGCGUUCCGUUUCCCCAGCGCGCGGACGGGACGGCGGAGACGGCGCUCGUGUUCGAUGUGGAGACGAUGCCCAAGUAUCAUCCGUAUGCGGUCAUGGCGUGUGCUGCGUCUCCGCACGCGUGGUACGCCUGGAUAUCCCCGUGGCUGCUCGCGCAGUCCUCCUCGUCGUCCGAUGCGGUGUCUAUCGAAGAUGAGAAGCAUCUUAUUCCGUUCGGCGACCCGGCUGUCCCGCGUGUUAUCGUCGGCCACAACGUCUCGUAUGACCGCGCGCGCAUGCGCGAGGAGUACAGUCUCGACGGCACGGAGACGCGCUUCUUGGACACGAUGUCGUUGCACGUCGCAACGAGCGGCAUAUCUUCGCACCAGCGCCCCGCGUGGAUGAAGUACCGCAAGGACAAGGCCCACGCGCGCGAGCUCGAGCGCAAGGCCGAGGCGUUGGAGGCGAUCCAGGACGUGCUGCGAGAUCUGGGGGUGGACGAGGAGGAGUGGGAGGGGAAUGAAGAAGACCAUAUCGUUGCGGAGGAGGGGCGCAAGCACCCCAGGCGGAAGCUCGACGAUGAUAAGCGCCGCGAGCUCGAGCGCAUCCGGGAUGAAAUCCAGGCGAGCCUUCCGCAGCUGAGCUCUGCAGAGCUCGACGAGGGCGAAGCAGCCGCCAUCGUGGACGCCGACGCCGACGCCGACGAGGGCGAGGGCAGCGAGAAGGUCUCGAAGCGGUGGGAGGACAUCACGUCCGCGAACUCGCUCGCGGACGUCGCGAAGCUGCACUGCGGCAUCGCGGUCGACAAGGAGCUUCGGAGCGACUUCAUGACGCACGCGCCGGCGCAGAUCCGCGCGGACGUCCGGCGCUAUCUCGGGUACUGCGCGAACGACGUCGGCGUCACGCACGCGGUGUACGCGCGCGUGCUCCCCACGUUCCGCCAGCGGUGCCCGAGUCCGGUGUCGUUUGCGGGUGUGCUCACGAUGGGCUCGAGCUUUCUGACGGUGAAUGAGAGUUGGGAGGCGUAUAUUGCAGAUGCGGAGAGGGCGUAUAGGGAGCUGGAGCGCGGGAUCAAGAAGCGGCUUGUGGAGCUUGCGGAGGAGGCGAGGGAGCUGUUUGGGCGGGAGGGAGAAGGGGAGAGGUGGAGGGAGGAUCCGUGGUUGGCGCAGUUGGAUUGGACGCCGAAGGUCGCAGGCAAGUCGAGAGGUGUUGGGGUGGUUGUGUCCAGUGAGGGAGAGUCCGUCAAAGAUUUGCGGGUAUCACAGUCCCAGCCCGACGCUAGCUCAAAGGGACACCUCAAAACCACCACCACCACCCAGCCACGAUGGUACCGUGACCUCCUUCGCUCUGGCCCCUUUUCACCUGCAUCUGUCAACCGCGUAAUACCCUACCUCCUCGAAAUGACACUCGACGGCCAUCCCCUGAUCUACACAAAAGACGAAAAGUGGCACUACCUCGACGACGCAGGAGAGAUGCAACGUCUUCCAACGGCGAAGCAGAAGGUUCUCUGCGUGCUCAGCGCAUCGCAUGGGACGCCGUCGCUCAAGACCGGACAGAUGAGCGCGUCGGACGUGGACCUCGCGAAGGCGAUCAGCGCCGGGGACCGGUCGGAGGCGGUGGAGAGGAAGGUGUUGGCGCUCGCGAAGGCGAAGGCGGAGGGCGGCGCAAAGUGGAGGCGCGAUCGAGGGCCGUGGCUGGGGCAGCUAGACUGGAAGCCUGUCGAUGUUGCCGUCGCCGAGGGCAAGUCCGCUUCCGCUUUCGCGGUCGCCUCGUCGACGAAGAAGUCGGGCGCAAAGUCCGCAGAGUCGAAGGUGUACUGGCCGAAAUGGUAUUGGGACCUUGCGAAGCCGAAGAAGGACAUGCUGCCGGGCACGCUCGAUAUCACGGUGCGCAACCGGCUUGCGCCGCUGCUGCUGAGGCUGUCGUGGUUGGGCUUUCCGCUGUUCCACUCGAGGGAGCAUGGGUGGAUGUUCCGCGUGCCUACUGGGGCAUCGGCCGCGAACGGCGACGGGAAGGGGUUCGAGACGAGGCUCACGCCGCUCGAGUUCUUCGAUCCUGCGGACGAGCAUCUCAAGGCUCAGACUGCGCCGCGAUUUGGCGGCACCGGGGAUGCGACUGACGCCGAGUCCAGCUCAUCCGUCGCGAACCCAGCAGGGGGCAGGUUCAGGUUCUACAAGCUCCCGCACAAAGACGGCGAGAAAGCCAAUGUCGGCAGUCCUCUUGCGAAGACGUUUGGCAAGUACGCCCGCGAUGGGACGCUCGCAAGUCCAUGGGAGGCAGCCAAGGACGCGCUCGACAUGAACGCGCGGUGUAGCUACUGGAUCAGCGCCCGGGACCGGAUUAUCAACCAGAUGGUGGUCUGGGAUGACAAGAAGACGACGAUGGGGUUCGACUCUGCCUCGCCAACAUCAGCGGCUGCCGAAGGCGCGACGGAGGAGGGACAGAAGUGGGGCAUGAUUCUGCCCCAGGUCGUCGCCAUGGGCACCGUCACGCGCCGCGCGAUCGAGAAGACGUGGCUGACGGCGUCGAACGCGAAGAAGGACCGUGUCGGGUCCGAGCUCAAGGCGAUGGUGCGCGCGCCGCCGGGGUACUCGAUCGUGGGCGCGGACGUGGACUCGGAGGAGCUCUGGAUCUCGAGCUGCAUGGGCGACGCGCAGUUCGGGUUGCACGGCGCGACGGCGCUGGGGUGGAUGACGCUCGAGGGGACGAAGGCGGCGGGGACGGAUCUGCACUCGAAGACGGCAAGCAUCCUGGGAAUCUCGCGCGACCAGGCGAAGGUGUUUAAUUACUCGAGAAUCUACGGCGCGGGCAUGCGGCAUGCGGUGCUGUCCCUGCUGCAGGCGAACGCGGGGAUGAGCCAGGAGGAGGCGCAGCGGCUCGCGGAGAAUCUGUACGCGAGCACGAAGGGGAAGAACACGCACCGCGGGGACCUGUUCGGGCGCAAGUUCUGGUUUGGCGGGACGGAGAGCUUCGUGUUCAACAAGCUGGAGGAGAUCGCGCUCUCGGAGCGGCCGACGACGCCCGCGCUGGGGUGCGGGAUCACGCAUGCGCUCAGCAGGGAGUAUCUGCCCGAGACGUUUGGGGGCGACUAUAUGACGUCGCGGAUUAACUGGGUCGUGCAGUCGUCGGGCGUGGACUAUCUGCACCUCCUGAUCGUCGCGAUGGACUACCUCGUGCGGGCGUACGGGAUCAAGGCGCGGUACCUCCUCUCGGUGCAUGACGAACUGCGGUACCUCGUCGCGGACCGGGACAGGUACAGGGCGGCACUGGCGCUGCAGAUCGCGAACGUGUGGACGCGGAGCCUGUUCGCGUACAAGCUCGGCAUGGACGAUCUGCCGCAGGGCGUCGCGUUCUUCUCGUCUGUGGACGUGGAUCGGGUGCUCAGGAAGGAGGUGGACAUGCCGUGCGUGACGCCGAGUCAGCUGAGCCCCAUCCCGCCUGGGGAGAGCCUCAAUAUUAUUCAGACGCUCGAGAAGACGCACGGCGGGUCGCUCUGGCCUGUCGACACGUCUGGGGCCGAGCGGCGGACCGGUGGGGCGCAGAGUGUCGCUCGGGCGGAGGGAUAUGUGCCGCCGGACUGUAUGAAGCACCGCGCGGAGAGCGCUGGAUUCCUCCGUGCGCAGGCGACGAACGAUUUUUCGGAGCUGAAGCAUCACGCGGAGCAGGCUGCCAGCAAGACGUUCGAGGGCGGUAUCGGUGGUCCGAGGGCGUCUUCACGGUUCGGCAACUCGAAGCGCACGUCAGCCAAGAGUGGAGGAGGGAAGUCGAGGUCUACUGCGCCUGUCGUUGAUCAGCAUUGGGAUGUUGUGCAGGAGGUUCUGCGGUCGGGGUGUUAUAAUUGUAGAAGCCUUGGUGCACAAAUAGGGGCUAUUUGUUGGGACGGCUUCAUCGGACCGCUGGCGCCAAGUUGUCUCAUCCCCAUGUCAAGCAAGACGCGCCAACGAGCAGAGGACGAGGAGACACUCCUCCCCUCACCCCAACAACAGUCUUCUAGUGGGUGGCACGAGUACCCACCUGCAGAUUCAGCAGACUCUUAUGGUCCAGCUCCUGGUGCGACCAAGGUACCCCGAUGGUUCCGAAAGCGAGCGUUCGUCGUCGCUGCCGUACUUGUCCUUGUCCUUCUUUUGGGAUCGUUCAAUGCAAGGAGAGCGAGGAAGAGUAAGCUGAAGACUGCGGUCGUCGAUGUGGGGUACACCAAGUACGAGGGUAUGGUGCAUUCGUCAUCUGGGGUCGCUUCGUUCAUAGGGAUGCGGUAUGCUGCCCCUCCCGUUGGUGAGCUCAGAUGGGCACCACCCCAACCACCGCCACGCCAGCUGCCUGUCAAGGUGACCCCAGCUACAGCCCCGGGGAACGAGUGCUUCCAGGGAUCCAAGGCGAACGGACGCGUGAAUCCGGUCUUGAACGCAUCCGAGAUACCCCUGCCUCCUUUGAGUCCAGUUAACGAGAACUCGAUGUCCGAAGACUGUCUUUUCCUCAACGUGUUCUCCCCGGCGCUUCCUGGCUACACAAACGACGUUGUUGGCAACGGUCUUCCCGUGAUUGUGUGGAUACACGGCGGUGGCUACGUCGCAGGCUCGACGCGUGGGUACCCAGGGACGGACAUCGUCGCUCUCACAGAGGGGCGUCCGACCAACGAGAAGGUGGUGGUAGUCACGGUCCAAUAUCGGCUUGGACUGUUCGGGUUCCUCGCGGGGGCGCGUGUACGCGAGGGCGGAGGAGAGUAUAACGUCGGCCUGUUGGAUCAGAGGUAUGCGCUCGAGUGGGUCCAAAGUCAUAUCGCAAAGUUCGGGGGCGAUCCAGGCAAAGUGACGAUCUGGGGAGAGUCCGCAGGUGCCGGCUCGGUCCUUCAACAGGUGCUCGUGGGCCCAGCGGGGGAAUCCGGGAAACAGCUCUUCCGUGGGGCGAUCACAAGUUCGACGUUCCUCCCAUCUCAGUACGAGCAUGACCACCAGAUCCCCGAGAUGUGGCUCGAUGUAGUUCUGCGUGGUGCUGGAUGCGCGCAGGCAUCGAAGACGGCAGCGCUCGCGUGCCUCCGCAAGGCGCCGUCGUCGACGCUGGCAGAAUUGAACGCAGCGCUGUGCGAUGUCGGGUUCUCAGGGACUUUUGUCUUCGUUCCGGUCGUUGACGGCACUCUCAUCCCCGAUCGCCCCAGUGCCAUAAUCAAGGCUCAACGGGAGAAUAGUGCAGCACAGGUCCCGCUUCUCGUAAUAACGAACACGCAUGAUGGCGACAACUUUGUUGACGAUGGAUUGGUGUCAUCACUAGGAAAUUUGAAUGCUUAUGUCGAAAACCUGUUUCCGACGCUCCCACAAGCUGAGCUUGCGAAAGCCGUGGGGAUGUAUACGAGGGCCGAUCCGAAAGCGGGCGACCUGUACAGGGCAAGAAGGCUGCACGGUGACGCCAUCUUUAUUUGUCCGUCGUAUGCUCUCUUGACCGGAUGGAAGGAAAGGGCAUGGAAGGGCGAGUUCGCGGUUCCUCCCGCGAGACACGCAGACGAUAUCCGCUACUACUUCACCUCGUGGGGCAACCCGAACAAAGCCUUCAGCGAGAUCUUCUCUGGCGCGUUCAUCGCGCAUGCGCGGGCGCUGGACCCCAACGUGCGGCCCGACCGCAAGUACGUGCCGCUGUGGGCGCCGUGGACGGAGGGCGGGCGGUCCGAGAUGGUGUUCAACGUGACGGGCGAGGGGACACCGGAUGUGUGUGAGGGGAAGAGCGAUGCGGGCCUGCUUGAGCGGUGUUCUGGGAAAGAGUUGGAAAGUAUACCAGCCAGUGAGGGUGUCUCCGUCAAAAAGUAGUUGGACCGCUUGGACAUGGUCUUUUCUCUCCUUCGUCAUGGAUAUGUAAGAUACACCGCCGCGCUCAUUCAACUUCAUGAUCAUCGGUUACGUAGCGCCCUGAUUUACAGGCCUGGCAGUAGAUCUCUAUCUGCGCCUUGCGUUCUAGCCGUGGCAAAGAUAGAACAUUCCCAAAUAGCUUAUUAUAUCGCAGUCCUACAGGCGGUAGUCAUGGAAGCACUGCCUUAACUCUCGACUUACAAUAUGAAGGGUGUUAUAUCAUACAGGUUCGACUCGGAGCUGAAACCCAUGCCCAAGGUCGAGAAGCUUGUGGAGUCUCAGAUACGGGUCCACCUGCUUCGUCUCGUUAACACUACCUCCCGUUCAUUCUUCCCGGGGGACUAUAUUCCAAAUUACAGCUUUCACGACAGUCACUACAGGGAGCUGAUAGAUCUUGUUCUCACUACAAAUGCCC